AUGAAUGACGAAAACUCUGAGAACAAUGUCACAGAGUUGCAGGUCGGGGAGGAGAACGAGCUGCCUGUUAUCCAGCUGGUGGGGCUGGUGGAAGAGCUCAGCUAUGGAAAUUCUGCUCUCAAAACUGAGACAGAAAUGUUUGAGAAAUAUUACAAUAAAUUGGAGGCCAGGGAACCACGAUAUUCUCGAUUAUUAGAAGCCAAACUAACAGGAGCAGAGUUUGCACAGUUACGAGGCAGACACAGAUCCAAAUCCCGCGUAGACCGUUUAAUAGGUCUCAGUAUUGAUCAAAAAUUGGAGCUUGUACAAAAGGAGCUGGAAGACACAAAGGAUGAAAUAAGGCACAUGAGGGCAAAUGCAGAACGGGACCUGCAGCACCAUGAGGCUAUUAUACAGGAAGCUGAGAUCCGAUGGACUGAAAUUCAGAGAGCGAUGUAUGAGUUUGAAAAAGAUAUUCUAAAAACCAUAUCAAAGAAGAAAGGGAGUAUUUUGGCCACUCAGAAAAUGUUGAAGUACAUCGAAGACGUGAACCAUCGGAGGGAUAACAUAAAGGAUAAAUUACGUUUGAAGAAUGUUUCUCUCAAAGUCCAGAGGAAAAAAGUGCUUUUACAGUUGAGGCAGAAAGAAGAGGUGGGCGAGGCCCUCCAUGAUGUUGAUUUUCAGCAACUGAAGAUCGAGAAUGCUCAGUUUUUAGAGACGAUUGAAGCAAAGAAUCAAGAACUGAUCCAACUAAAAUUGGCAUCUGGGAACACCCUGCAGGUCCUCAAUGCAUACAAAAGCAAACUGCACCGAGCCAUGGAAAUGACUACCAUUUUGGAGAAGGAGAUCUUGCUGAGAAAUGACUUGCUUGAAAAAAUUGAAAAAGAAACCAUACAAGUCGAGGAGGACCGAGCAAAAGCCGAGGCUUCGAACAAGAAACUCCGGAAGCAACUGGUGGAAUUCCGAGCUCCGACAGUGAUGAUGUAUGUCCAGGAGAAGAUCAUGAACGCGGACCUGGAGAAGACCAUUAAGACGUGGGAGAGGAAAGUGGAGAUUGCAGAGAUGUCUUUAAAAGGCUACCGCAAGGCUUGGAAUAAAAUGAAAACCAGCAGUGAACAGUUGCAGGAAAUGACCCCCCCAGGAAAAUAGCCAGAGGAAGGCCAUGUUUGCAG